AUGGUCGGCAGGAUCGUCUUCUGGAGUGGCUUCGGCUUCGCCGUCCGCUUCUGGCAGAUGGGCAUCGAGAUGCGCCCCUUCUUCAACAAGGAGUCCCUCUGGGCCUACCCGGUGUACAUGCUCGGCGGCGGCAGUUUCGGCUACUGGCUGCAGGGUAUUGACGAGAAGCAGACGGCUAUUCUGAGCGAGCGCAAGUCGAUCCUGCUUGAGAAGCGCGCGAGGGCGGCGGCGCGCAAGGAGGAGGAGGCGGCCAAGGCAUAG